AUGAAUAAUGCAAGCGAGGUGCUCUGGGAGUUUUCGCAAUUGAUAGCACUAACGAAUCAAACCUACUACAAUGAAUCUGAUGGAGUUGGUUCGGUGACGUUCGAUGUAAACUGUUGCUCAAUUGCUCCAGACUUCACAAACUACCUGGAGUCACUACCGAAUGACAAAGCCGGUCUGCUGGCAUUCUUGUUUCUGUUCUCGUUUGCUACCGUAUUUGGCAACUCACUUGUGAUACUAGCCGUAAUUCGCGAACGGUAUCUCCAUACAGCAACCAACUAUUUUGUAACCAGUCUUGCCGUAGCCGACUGUUUAGUCGGAUUAGUAGUGAUGCCUUUUUCUGCGCUGUACGAGGUAUUAGAAAAUACAUGGUUCUUUGGAACAGAUUGGUGUGAUAUUUGGCGGUCGCUUGAUGUUUUGUUCAGCACUGCCUCCAUUCUUAACUUAUGCGUCAUUUCACUCGACCGAUACUGGGCAAUAACAGAUCCAUUUUCCUACCCGAUGAAAAUGACGCGUCGAAAAGCAGUUGCCCUAAUAGCAGCAGUUUGGAUCUGCUCAAGUGCUAUCAGCUUCCCUGCUAUUCUAUGGUGGAGGGCAGUUCGUGAAGCUGAUAUGCCACCGUUCAAAUGUACGUUCACAGAACACCUCGGGUACCUUGUAUUUUCAUCCACCAUCUCAUUUUACCUGCCGUUGCUGGUGAUGGUAUUCACUUAUUGUCGAAUAUACCGAGCGGCCGCAAUUCAAACGCGCUCACUCAAGCUCGGCACUAAACAAGUGCUAAUGGCAUCGGGGGAGCUGCAGCUUACCUUACGAAUACAUCGUGGCGGCACCACGCGUGAACGCCUUAAUCAUCCCCGACUGACUACCUCCGAUCAUCUGCAACAACAGCAACAGCAGGAUCAAUUACAGCCUCCUGCACACCAACCUUUAUCUACUCAGCCACAAUCUCCCCUCAACAGCCAGCAUCAGCAACAUACCGCAAACUCUACACCAGAAGAUCCAGACGAUGAGCCAUUAUCAGCAUUACAGAAUAACGGAUUGGGAGGACGGCAUCGAACGCAUAUGGGGAAAAACUUUUCUCUAUCACGCAAACUGGCCAAAUUUGCCAAAGAAAAAAAGGCAGCCAAAACACUAGGCAUCGUUAUGGGAGUAUUUAUUGUUUGCUGGUUGCCAUUUUUCGUCGUCAAUUUGCUAUCCGGCUUAUGUAUGCAUUGUAUUGCGCACGAAGAAAUUGUGUCAGCUGUGGUGACCUGGUUAGGGUGGAUAAAUUCCAGCAUGAACCCAGUCAUUUACGCUUGUUGGAGUCGGGAUUUCCGAAGAGCUUUCGUGCGGAUCCUAUGCGUGUGCUGCCCAAGGAAGAUAAGACGCAAGUACCAGCCUACGAUGCGCUCUAAAGCAUCACAGUGCCAAAAGGCUGCAAUCAUAGCCUCGUCAUCGUCUAACUGUAGUAUAUAUGAUAAUAGCUAUCAGCGUCGUAACAAUCGUCAGGUGCUUGGGCAGCAAAAUCGAUCCGGGCAUCACCAUCAUCACCACUAUCGUCAACAUCGCCAUUACUGCAACAAUCACUACAACCGGCAUCGGUCGCGUCGAAACUGCGAUGGUUUAACGGACGCUGGAGGUACUCUGCAUCAGCGAACCAAUCAACAAUGCGCUCCCACCACUGUCACAUCUCCUAUUGUUACUGUUACCAACUCGGCUCCCAUGCCAAUAAGUGGUAAUAUCAGUCCCUGCGUAAUGUCUAUGCCAAGGCCAGUGUCAAUUACCUCGAUCGGACAACAUCUAGGUUGCGAUACCUCCCAGCCACGCUGCAGCUUCUCCAUCAACUCUGGACUACGAACAGCAAAUCGCAGAGUACAACGGCAAGUGUCGUCCAUGGAACGAGAACGGAACCGAAUUUUCGAUGACCCAAGGCCUGAUAUGAACCGGGUGCCUCCUUAA